AUGGAGGGAAAAAUUCAUAAAAAGUACAAAGUAGUGAAAAAGGAAGAUGUGAACCAUCGAUACACGAUUAAUGAUGUAGAAGUGUAUUUUCCAUAUGAGUUAUACGAUUGUCAGUAUAAUUACAUGUUGAGUGUUUUGAAUGCCCUGAAAAAAAAGGAAAAUGCUAUUUUAGAAUCACCAACUGGGACAGGAAAAACACUAUGUUUACUUUGUGCAAGUAUAAGUUACUUAGUUGAUGUGUUGGAAAAGAAGGGAGCUUUUUCAGAGAACAUAAAUAUAACAGAAAAUAAGAAAAAUAUAACAUUCGAUUUUAAAGAAAAUGAAAAUAGUAGUAGCAGUCCAAAAAAAAUUGUACCUCCCAGCGAUUUUCCGAAAAUAAUUUAUGCAUCUAGAACGCACAGUCAAUUGAAACAAGUUAUAAAAGAGCUGAAAAAUGUAUACUUUAUUAGAAAUAAUGAAAAGUAUAAAUUAUUAACAACUAUUUUGGGUUCAAGAGAUCAACUAUGCGUUCACAAUAUUAAUUACAAUUAUAAGGGCACAAUGUUAAAUAAUAUGUGUAAGAGAACACGGAAAAUGGGCGAGUGUAUGUAUCACAAUGGGUUGAAAUAUAUUUAUAAAUUAAAACAUUUAUUUACAACACCUAUGGAUGUGGAAACACUGAGCGAAAUAGGAAAAGGGAAUUCUGUAGGUCAGAAUAUUCAUUUUUGUCCUUUUUAUGCUACUAGAGAGAUUCAAAAUGAAUGUCAUGUAAUUCUUCUGCCUUAUAACUAUCUUUUUGAAGAAAGUACAAGAAAAAUUCUAAAAUUAAAUUUAGAAAAUAGUAUCAUAAUAAUUGAUGAAGGGCACAAUAUAGAAAAUGUGGCAGAAGAAGCAAUGUCAUUUAAAUUAAGAGACUCCGAUUUGAACCUUUUUUUGGAAGGAAUAAAAGCUACUUUAACCGUUUUAGAAAAAGUAAAUGAUGUUGAUAAAGAAACAAAAGACAAAAUAAAUGUAGAUGAAUUGUUCAUAUUGAAUAGAAGUAUCACAGCGUUAAUUACUUGGUUAGAUAAUGAAAGGUUGGAAAAAAAUGAAAGAAAUAAAAUUAAAGAAAAACAUAAAACUUAUGAAGGAAAAGAAAUUUUUGAAAUUUUUGAAAAAAAUAAUAUAAACAUAACUAAAGACAAUUUUGAAAAUUUUCACACACUUCUAACAUCCAUGGUAGAAUUGUUAAACAAAUAUAUCAAUGAUUUUAAGAUAUCUCAAAUGGAUGUAAAAAACAUCAAUAGGUACAUUGCUACUAUUGAUAAUGUUAGAAAAGCAUUUAGUAUUCUUUUCAGUGACACAGUAAACAACUGUAUUGAAUAUUUUCAGUUAUAUAUUAAUGAAGAAAAAGUGGCAUAUUCUGAAUGUGCAGAUCCAAAUAAAGUUUAUGAUAAUAUGAAAACAUUUUCUAAAAACAAAACAAAAAUUGUGUAUGAUAAGUAUAAUUACACUAUGAGUAAAAAUAUAUGCCUUUUAUGUUUCUCUGCCACAGCAAGUUUAUGUGGAAUUAUAAAAGAAAAAGUUAAUUCAGUUAUUGUAACAUCUGGGACCUUAUCACCAAUUGAACCCUUUUCUAAACAACUGAGUGGAAAUUAUUUUUCCUUUAAACAUAUAUUAGAAAAUGAUCAUGUGAUUAAAUCUCAUCAAUUAUUUGUAGGAUGUAUGACGCAUUAUAAUAAUCAAAUUCUUCUGUCUACCUAUGAAAAUAGAAGUAAUGACAAUUAUAUCAAAGCAUUGGGGAAUUGUAUUUUCGAUAUUAUUACAUGUAUUCCAUAUGGAGUUUUAAUUUUUUUUUCUUCCUAUAGUUCUAUGACUGAAACUGUCAAUGCUUGGAAAAAAUUUAAAAUAUUUGAAAAAAUAAAUUCAUAUAAAACGAUAUUUGUAGAACCAAAUAAAGCUGCUGAGUUAAAAGAUAUACUAGAUCAGUAUGAAAAUAUUAUUAAGAAGAAAAAAAAAGGAGCUAUUCUCAUGGGAGUAUGUAGAGGAAAAAUAUCAGAAGGUAUAGAUUUUAAAGAUGAUUGUUGUAGAGGGGUUAUAAUUUGUGGUUUACCAUAUGGAAAUGUAUAUGAUAGUAAAAUUAUUUUUAAAAAAGAAUUUUUAGACAAUUUUAGUUACGAAUCGAAUAGUAACGAUAACAAGAAUGGGGGAAAUGGAGGAGGCACUACUCAACAUAAUUCUGGUUCUUCUUUGUCAAACGUUUCGAAAGGAAACAAAUGGUAUAAUGAAGAAGCCAUGAGAUCGAUCAACCAGUCUAUUGGAAGAGUUAUUCGACAUAAAAAUGAUUAUGGAUCUAUUUUCUUUUUAGAUUCCAGAUUUUCUAACAAUCAAAGGAUUAAGGAAAUCUCCAAAUGGGUGAGAACACAUUUUCGCAUAUACAGAGAUAUAGAACAGAUACAAAGUGACAUAGAUAAGUUUUUUGAAUUAUUCAAAGGGAUACAACAGCAUAAUUUAGAUGCAAAUGCUGAAGGAAAUGACAAGGGGCAUUUGGGUGGAAACAGCACCAGUGACAAUAACAGUGCUGAAGGGAGUGAAAAUAGUCAUAUUCAAAAAAUCGGAAAAAAUUUCCAAGACUGCUACAUCAGGAGCAGCAAUAACAAGGGAAACAGGUACAAACACAACAUGGAGAAAAAUAAGUUUGUUUUUAACCCGAUCAAGAAGAUGAAAAACCAACCAAAAAUUCUUAGCAUGAUACAGAACAUUACCAAAGGGAAAAAUCAGGAGAAAAGCAUACUCAUCGAUGAUAAUAAGGAGAUGAGCAUUUUUAAAAACAGCAACAAGGUUGGUGGUGAUGAUAGUGCUGAUGGUAAUAUUGGAGGUCGUGAUAGUGCGGAUGGUAAUAGUGGGGGUGAUAAGAUGAGUGGAGCGAAGUUGAGCAGUGCAAAGUUGGAUAACGCAAAAUCUCUGAUAUCAUCCUUUCGAGAAGUUUUAUCCAAAGAUAUUUAUGACAAACUUUUUGAAUUCAUCAAGGAUACGAAAAAGAAGAAUGACGAAAAUAAAUACGAGUUGUUGAUUAACAAAACAUUGGAGUUGAUUGUUCAGAAUUUUUCGCACAAAAAGAAGGAAACAGGAAAUGGGACAAAAUGUGCAAAUAAUGAACUAGAUAAGGAAAACAAUUCUGGAAAAGAAGACUCAUCAAAAGGGAUAAUGAACACCUUAAAAGAUAUUCAAUUUUUUAAUGAAAUAAUGACAAAUCAAGAGUUAAAAGUUGUGUGGAGAAUGUUGAUUAACCUGAUCAAUAACUUUUUCCCAGUUCAAGAAAAGGAAAAGUGUUUUUUUAUUCUUCAGAAGAAGUUUAAGCAGAUGACAACUGAUUUUGACGAGAUAGGAAAAUAUGUGUACAAUUAUAGGAUGGAAAAAAUUGAAAUAAUUUAG